AUGCCGCCGUCGAAGCCUGCACCAUUGCCCCCCAAAGAGGCGGCUCUCUUCAAAACUCUCCUGUCCCAGUACGAGUCGCGGCAACUCAAAAAGGCGAUCAAGACCGCAGAUCAAAUCUUGAAGAAAGUAGGAGACCAUGGAGAAACUAUUUCCAUGAAGGGCCUCGUCCUCUCAUACCAGGGCAAGCGUGAGGAGGGGAUGGAGCUCGUCAAGAAGGGUCUCCGGCUCGAUCUCUCUUCACACAUUUGUUGGCAUGUGUGCGGCCUGGUGCACAAGCAGGACAAGAACUAUGAUGAAGCCCUAAAGUGCUACGCCCAGGCACUCAAAUAUGACCCGGCCAAUAUGAACAUUCUUCGCGAUGCUGCGAACCUGCAAGCGCAAUUACGUCUAUUCGACGGGCUAGAGAACUCACGUCUCACAAUCCUCAAACUACGGAUGAACCUCAAGCAGAAUUGGGUUGCACUUGCUGUUGCAUACGCGUUGAAUGGGAAUUGGAAAGCAGCCCAGAGUCUCCUCGAUGAAUUGCUCACUUUGGUCAAGGAAGUCCCCGCCCAUGAUAACGAGUACUCUGAACUGCUUUUGUUCUAUCUUACGGUACUAGAGCGAAAUCAAGAGUAUGGAGAAGCUCUCAAGAAGCUUUCAGACUAUACAGAGGCAAAGAAAAUCGUUGACAAUAUGCAUGCCGCCAUCAUACGGCCGCGAUUACUCCAGAAGCUUUCCCGCACCGAAGAGGCCCUCGCAGAGUACAAGGUUCUCAUUGCCCGCAACCCCGACUGCUAUGAGUUCUACCGACUCUAUUUAGAGUGCCUUGGACUCUCUCUAGACGAGCCCUCUGAAAAGGUGAUCGAAGAACUCGAAGCUUUUGCAUCGGAAUUUCCUACGGCCCUUGUUCCUCGGCGAUUGCUACUGACCGUGACGACCGACGAGCGGUUCCAAUCUCUGGCCAAGGAGUAUGUUAUCCGUGGACUGAAAAAGAAUAUCCCAUCGCUCUUUGUGGACCUCAAACCGCUCUACAAAGAUGACGCAAAGCGAUCAACCAUUCAAGCCAUUGUCGAGGAGUAUCACGCCGGACUAGAGAAAGAAAGCUCGUCCACGGAACCUGACCGAGAUUCUCCAACAACCUAUGUGUGGACACUAUAUUACCUUGGCCUGCAUUACUCUAGUUGUGGUGACUUCCAACGAGCGGACGAGAUAUUCAAUACUGCUCUCCAACAUACACCGACACUACCAGAGCUGUACAUGGCCAAGGCACGAAACCUCAAGCGAGCUGGAGAUCUUGUUGGGGCUGUCGCCAUGAUGGACGCUGCCGUAGAGCUGGAUGGUCAGGACAGAUUCCUCAACACAAAAUGUGCCACCUAUCAUCUGCGAAAUGGAGAAGUAGAAGAGGCACAAAGGCUCUUUGGGCUUUUCACCAAAAAAGACGCUACCUCUCCGGGCAAGGACCUCGAGGACAUGCAGAGCUUCAAGUUUCUGUUAGAGGAUGGACAGGCACACCUAAAAAUCAACCGACUCGCACUGGCCUUGAAACGCUUCAGAACCAUCGAACGGAUCUUCUCAGAUUUGCAUGAAGACCAGUUUGACUUCCACAGCUUUUGCAUACGAAGGUUCACUUUGAACAUCUACUUUGACAUUAUCCAAUGGGACGAUAGACUUCGAUGGCAUCCUAUCUUUGUCCGUGCGAUCGUCAACGCUGCAAAUAUCUACAUUCGCCUAUUCGACACCCCAGGCCUCGCGGCUGAACAAACUGCACCAUUACCCCAACCCGAAGAAGUCAAACAGUCCAAAAAGCAGGCGAAGAAGGCAAAGAUGAAGGCUGCAGAAGAGGCUAAAAAGGCGGCGGCGGAGAAAGAAAAGGAGAAUGAAGAAGUUCUCCCGGCGUUCAAAGAUGAUGAUCCAGACGGGCACAAGGCCAUUAGCGUCGAAGACCCGUUGGAACAGGCAGCCAAUCUUCUCCAACCUUUCGCUGCACGCAAUCAUGAUCUACUAGACGUAUGGCUCGUGACCUACGACGUUGCUAUACGUCGAAAAAAGGUCUUGCAAGCGUUGAGAGCGCUGGAAGCUGCGAAACGAAUAAAUCCGACAAGCCCACAGUUACACUAUCGGUUGAUCGACUUCCAGCUAGCAGCUCCUGGUUUAGCAGAAGGCAUGGAGACUGUAGAGGCGGUUCUCCUAAAGGACGGCCUAGCAAAACUCGCGCCUGGCGAGCAACCACCUACACUACAGAAUUCGCAGUACCUUCAGGAGCACUCUUCAGAUGCAGCUGCAGUAAUAGCUGUCGCCCGAGCAGCCCAUAAAAUAGGGUCCUCAGAAGAGACGGAGGCCCACCUCUUCACGCUUUUAGCGGAUCAGAUUUCCCUAAACCCCCAGCACGGUUUAGAGGCCCUCAAAUUGCUCGAGGACAUCAAAUCUACAAGGGUGGAUGAGUUUAGAGACGGCUGCAAGAAGAAGUUGCCUCUUUCUACUGUGUUCCUACCUUCAGAGGAACUUGAAGCACUACGAAAGAAGUACAAGACCUCGGAGACCAAUGACGGGCCGGAGAAUUCACAAGAAAAGGAUCAGAAUGACGCCCUUCUCAUCGAGCCAUCGAGUACAUAG